AGGAGGUUAUCAACAAAAUAUAGAACAGAAAAGAUCUACCCAACCAUCACUGGAGAAAAGGAAGAAAAUGUGAAAAAGAACAGAUAUAAAGAUAUACUGCCAUUUGAUCACAGUCGAGUUAAACUGACGUUAAAAACUCCCACGCAAGAUUCUGACUACAUCAACGCAAAUUUCAUUAAGGGAGUACAUGGACCAAAAGCGUAUGUUGCUACCCAGGGACCACUAGCCAACACAGUAAUUGAUUUCUGGAGAAUGAUAUGGGAGUACAAUGUCGCGAUUAUUGUAAUGGCCUGUCGGGAAUUUGAAAUGGGAAGGAAAAAAUGUGAACGUUACUGGCCACCGUAUGGAGAAGAAGCCAUCUCAUUUGGACCAUUCCACAUUUCUUGUGAAGCUGAACAGGUCAGGACAGAUUACUAUAUUAGAACCCUGCUCAUUGAACAUCAGAAUGAAUCGCGAAGAGUAUAUCAGUUUCAUUAUGUCAAUUGGCCUGACCAUGAUGUUCCUUCGUCCUUUGACUCUAUUUUGGACAUGAUCAGUUUAAUGAGAGAAUAUCAGGAACACGAAGACGUCCCUAUCUGUAUACACUGCAGCGCAGGAUGUGGACGAACCGGAGCCAUCUGUGCGAUAGAUUACACAUGGAAUUUGUUGAAAGCCGGGAAAAUUCCAGAGGAAUUCAAUGUAUUCAAUUUAAUACAAGAAAUGAGGACUCAAAGGCAUUCUGCGGUGCAGACUAAGGAACAGUAUGAACUCGUUCAUAGAGCCAUAGCGCAAUUAUUUGAGAAACAGUUGCAAAAAUACGAGAGCUCUGCGGCCUGGAAAAUUGCAGACGGAUUGAAGGAAGAUAGCACAGAGAAUGCCGUCAGCUCGGAAGACCCGGAGAAGCAGGAUUCCCCUCCCCCUAAGCCACCUCGGACACGCAGUUGCCUCGUUGAGGGAGAGAUGAAAGAAGAAAUUUUGCAGGCCCCAGAGCCCCAUCCGGUCCCACCCAUUCUAACCCCGUCGCCGCCUUCGGCCUACCCAACCGUGACGACUGUUUGGCAAGACAACGACCGAUACCACCCCAAGCCCGUUUUGCACACACUGUCUUCGGAGCAGCCGACAGACCUCAACGACAAUUACGGUAAAUCCAGGGAAUAUUCAGGGAAGCACGACUCGUCCGAUCCGGCCGACAAAAAGCUGGAACACAACUUGAGCUUCGAAAUUAAGAAAGUGCCCCUCCAGGAAGGCCCACGGAGCUUUGACGGAAACCCCGUUCUAAGUCGGGGCAAUGCACUUAAAAUCAAAACGUGCCUGUCUGGCCCGGCGGAGGCGGCCUCCAAACCGCAGGAGCGCGGCUCAGGAGAUGCCCCUACGGAAACCGUACAGAACCCUGGCAUCGAAUGCGACCUGCAGCCAGUGACUCCAGUGGCAAUAUCCUCACCGGAAGGACAUCAGGGUCUUACGACAACUCCCGAUGCUCUGGGAAGGCCAGACUCGUUGCCCCUUCAUAAAGAGAAGGGACACGCCAUGUGGUCAUUAGAAGAGGCUAAACCUGAGCGGCCGCUAUCCGAGGAGGCCUCUUUUCCCAUUUUAUGUCAUGAAGUUAAACAUCUGCAUGUAGACUCAGACCGGCCAGCGCAAAUGGACCCCCCUCCCAGUGAACCGGCAGUUCAUCGCCCCAGCGGCCCACUCCCUGCUAGAGCCCCUCUGUGUUUCACAAAUCCUCUGCACUCGGAUGAUUCGGAUACGGACGAGAGAAACGGCGAGGGCUACGUGGCGCCUAGCCCGUCUAACGUGUCCGUGGCAAGUGCCACGGUUUCUGCAGCGACUAACACAGAAAACGUUUCUGCUAGAAAAGUCUGGCCGAUGUCCAUUGCGAAGCAGGAUAACCCGGUCCUCCGAAUGCAUUCCGAAUCCGAGAAAGGUGCGAACGAUGACUUUUCUCCCACCUUGCCAGAAAGAACGCUGGAAUUGCUUGUGCUAGCGAGUCAACAGGUCACAGCUUUGUCAAAAAGUCCUGCUCUUCAACAGUCGGCUGAAUGGAAUUUGUUACAAGACCAGAACACCUCUGAGCAACCAAAAUGUACAGGAAUGAAAAUCACUGGGUCUUCACAGCUUGAUAACUCAGAGCUGGGAGACAAAUCUCCAGCUGAUGUAAUACCUCAACCAUCUUCUGCCAAUCUAACUCCUAAAGGACAGCCCUCGCCAGACAUUGCAGUUGAGGCGACGGAUAUUGGGUUUGGUAGCCGCUGUGGAAAACCAAAAGGACCAAGAGAUCCUCCUUCAGAAUGGACAUGAUGCGAGAACGAAUGGACACAUAAUUAAAUUAUACUGGAAAAUUCAAGUGCCACUGAACAAGAUCCAUAGUAUUCCAACGCUUUAUUUUUUUUUUGGAACUAUCAGUGUACAUAUAGCUACACAAUGGUACACUUUUGUAUACAUCUACACAAAUAUUAAAGAU